AAUAACUAAAAAUGUGAUCAUCUGAUAUAUUUAAAAUGACGUUUAAUAACAAAAUAGAAACAAAGAACAUUAACUGCUCUCUAAUUUAUUAUGUCACCACUUGAAGUAAUUAAUGAAUUUUCCUGAUUAUCCACUAAAAUUUUCGUUAUUUAUUUAAGAACAAAUGGCCUUUCCAUGCAGCAAUUUAAAUGGACUAGUUGCGUUGCUGCGAGAAAAUGGUGAUAAGAUUUUAGACGCUUCUAGUAAACUAUCUUUAUCAGCCUCGUUACUUUAUAACCUCAACAGUUCAUUGGAAAAUGUAUGGAAUGAACGUCAGAUGUUUAAUCAUAAUUUUCACGUAUUUAAUGGAAAUCAUAGCGAAUUAGAAUUUGUGUAUGAUUUCCUACAGAAAACGUUUGCCUUAAAAAUACUGCCGGAUGGUGCUUUUUGGAAUAAUGAGAAGAUACUCGAUAUACGAUUUUUUAAGAAUUUGCGUUUGUUAGAAGUGCAAAGGUUAAGCCUCAAUUUAAUCAAAGGUUUGCACACUUUUCGACACCAACUGAAAUAUUUAAUAUGCGUACGAAGUUUGCGUAGAGUCAAAGAAGUACUUGAAUAUUGCGGUGCUGAUAACAGUGAAGGUUUUAUGUGGAAUGAAUUAAAGGAAGCAGUUUUCAGUUACAAUAGCAUCGAUACUUUAGAUCAUAGUCUCGAAUAUGCUCCAUGUUUACACACCUUGGAUCUUAGUCACAAUCAUUUACAUAACGCCCAAUUACUAAAUUGCCUUUCUAACUUGAAACACAUCAACCUAAGUUAUAAUCAACUAGAAACUGUACCUGCAUUUUCGGGAGAAUUAUGCAGCCACCUGCGCAUUCUUGUACUUUGUAAUAAUUUUAUAGAAAACAUCGACGAACUAGCAGUAUUAAUUAAUUUGAGCGAAUUAGACCUGAGCAACAAUUGCUUAUUGGAACAUUCGGGAUUAUUACCUUUAGCGAAUUUGUCCUUAUUAAAAUACUUAAACUUGGUUGGGAACCCGUUAAGUUUUCACCCUUGUCAUAGAAUGAAUACGGCAUAUUAUUUACAUUUUAAUGUUGCGAAUCAAGAUUUUAUGUUGGAAAAUAAAAAGCUAAACAAAGGAGAAAGGCAAGUGAUUGGUUCAGUACGUUACGUAAUGGCUUCCACUAGAUCUCAUUUGCCAUCAGUAGAGUCUUUCGGAAGUGAGAAUACUGUCAUGCGAAUGCAAUGCAAAAAUCUUAGCAUUGGAGACACGGGUGUGUCAUCGGAUAUGGAAUCGAGCACUAGUUCGCUAGCUACUAUAAAAUCUGAAAUGGAUUUUGAACAUAAGGAGAACGAAAAGAAGAAAUGCAGGCUCGCCGACUGCUUGGGAAUGCAAGAUAGUGGAAUCGGCAACGUAAAUAGGCCAAUGUCAGCUUCACAACUAAGUAUAGGAUCAGCCACAUCAAUUAUGAGCAAUGAAAAGGAGAAGGCAGCUCACUAUGAGAGUGAUAUUGAAAUAAUCAGCAAUCCUAGUCAGAGUAGCAUAGAAGUCAUUUGUUCUGACUUAGGAAAUAUUAGAUCAGAAAGUGUAGCGAUAGAUGUGGUGAACACUCUGGCAACGAUGGAUCUCAAAAAAGUUAGGGAUGAACAGCACCGAAGUUUAUAACAAACUUUUAUUUGUAUAGUAUAGAAUUAUAAAUAUUUGCCUUAAUAACCAAUGCUCAAUCACAUAGAAAAGUUGUGCAGCUCAGAAAGUGUUCAAAAUAUAUUGUAAUUACAUACAACAAAUACAAUUUUUAUUUUA